CAGAUCCAUCCAAAACAACGUACGAGUGAACUCGAUCAACAUGUCAGAGAACAAGACGGAAGUGAAGGCCCGCAUCAUGCCGGCCGAAGACGGCAGCAUCAAGGUCGUCUUCUUCUCCGCGCCGACGUCACCUCCGCUCCUCGGAGCAAAGGCGGCGAGCGGCGCCAAGAACGCACCCGUUGAGGCCGUCACCGUGGCCGUCACCGUGGCCGAGUCCGGCGCGGAGGCGCCCCUCGACGAGAGCAUCCUCAAGAAAGACCUGGCCGCGGAAGACGCGGCCGCCGCGGAGACGGUCGACUCGGACCGGGCCAAGGCCACGUUUGCCGCCCACGAGCCGAGCCCGAACGCCGUCUUCUGGUCCAAGCUUGCGCGCCCGAGCGACCCACCGACGGCCCCCACCGGCGCCAUCGAGGGCGAAAUCAAGAGAGACAUCUCCGCGGCAAAGUCUGGCGCGGAGGCCUCCUUUGACGAGACCAGCGUCAUCAAGAACGAUCCGGCGCUCAAGCCGGUCACCAAGGUCGCCACGUCCCUAAAGCCGGCGGCGCCCGGCGGCGCGCCGCUGUCGACGAUCAACGAGUUUCCGGAGGAGACGCCCGCCCCGGCGGCGAGUGCCUUGCAUUCUGCACCGUGCGGCGACGCCGACUGGACCGUCUCGACCAAGGAGUUUCCGGAGUGUGAGAAGCACGCGGGCGCGGUCGACUCGGACAAGGCCGAGUGCAUUGCCGUUCUUAACGGAGUCGCUUAGGCGGCUCCGGUGGUGUGCCUGUGAUAGUGCUAGCACGCGCCAGUUCGCACCUGUGUCGAGCCUGUCUGCUGUCAGCUUGAGUAGUUUUGUGUAUCGCGAUACCUUGCGUUU